CCACGCGAUUUUCCCCGUUUCAUAAACAUGCCCAAUUAAAAUUAACGCAUCCCCCCUCAAAAUGAACCGAGUCAUUUUUUCUCUCCAGAGAAACCAUAUAUAUAAAAAAUAACUGAAGAAUAAUUAACGUGUCAUGUUUUCUUUUAAUUGUCUAUCGAAGGAACGAAGCUUUGACGAGACUCGUUCCAGCUUGUUUCCGGAGGGGAUGCUACCGACUACGCAUGCGCGUCGAAGGGGUAGCGUUCCCCAUCUUGCGGCCAAGCAUUAUUCUGUAACGACAUCCCCAGUAGGAUAGGUCGACCAGGGUUCUACCUGCCGCUAUCCGACGCGCGAUAAAACUAGUUGAAAAAGGGAAGUGGAUACAUCCGUUGCAGUGACGCUGACUUGGACUAGACUCUGAGGAUCUCCAGUUUCGUGGGAUUGUACAAUAUCAAGACAGAAAUUAUGGCAGAGAAGAUGUACUACUGGGGAGAGGAGAAGGAUCAGGUCGAUCCGGAACAAACUUUCAUAGAAUUUAAAGCGAAGUCUGGUAGGAAAAGGGAAUCAACUCGUCCUGCACCGAAGACGAUCGUUUCAACGAUGCAGGACCGAGAGGGAGGCACCAUCGAGAAUCGGGAGGAAGACACGGAGCGUGGUGGAUGGGACAACAAAUUAGACUUCUUAUUCUCGUGUAUUAGUGUAUCCGUGGGACUUGGAAACGUCUGGAGGUUUCCCUACUUGUGUUACAAAAAUGGCGGAGGUGCCUUCCUCAUCACGUAUGGGAUCGCCAUGUUGUUUUGCGGUAUUCCUAUAUUCUUCCAAGAAGUGGCUAUUGGGCAGUACCUCGGCGCCGGAGGGAUGACCCUCGUAGGACAAUUGUGCCCCUUGUUACAAGGCGUCGGAUACGCUACAAUGACGAUCGUUUUCUUCCUGGACGUGUAUUACUGCAUCAUCAUCGCUUGGACACUUUUUUAUCUGAUAAGCACCUUCGUCAACAUACCCAGCGUGCCCUGGAAGGGUUGCGGCAAUUGGUGGAACACCGAGGACUGUUACGACGGCCUCGUUAAAAUCGAGAAAACGAACAAUACUAAUUCGACGUACAAUAGUACCGAGCCCCACCAUACUACGCCAGUCGAGGAAUACUGGGAGAGGCGAGUCCUGGGGGUGACUUCCGGUAUCGAAAGCAUCGGGGGGAUUCAAUGGGAGCUGCUAGGCUGCCUGAUCGUCGGCUGGCUCCUCGUUUACUCUAUCAUCCGUCGCGGCCUCCAUCAGAGCGGUAAGAUCAUCUGGUUUUCAGCCUUGUUCCCCUACGUGGUGCUUUUCAUUCUUUUGGGAAGAGCGGUGACGCUAGAGGGCAGCUAUCGAGGAUUGUUGUACUACGUAACGCCCAGAUGGGAAGAAUUGUUAUCGCCCGGACCGUGGAUCGACGGGGCUACGCAAAUUUUCUUUGCCUACAGCAUCGGGACCGGGGCCCUGCCCGCCCUCGGCUCGUACAACAAGUUCCAUCACAAUUGUUACAAAGACGCCAUAAUCACUUGCGUGGUGAACACGUUGACCUGCCUGCUAGCAGGCUGCGUGACGUUCUCCAUUCUUGGUCACAUCGCCUCUGAACAAGGCACCGAAGUGUCCGAAGUGGUGAAAAGUGGUCCAGGACUCGUAUUCCUCACAUAUCCAGAAGUAGUCCUAAAACUCCCUGGGGCUUCGAUGUGGGCAAUCAUUUUCUUCGUCAUGUUACUAAUACUUGGGAUCGACAGUGAAUUCUGCAUCGUCGAGUCCUUCAUUACCGGCGUGGUCGAUAAUUGGCCAGACCUGCUUCGUCCCCAUCGAAAGAAAUUCACCAUCGCUAUUUGCUGUCUGAUGUUCGCCUUGGGCCUGCCCAUGGUGACCAACGGCGGGGUCUACAUAUUCCAAUUAAUGGACUUCUACUCGGCGAGCGGCAUGUCGAUCCUCUGGGUCUGUUUCUUCCAAACGAUCGCGAUAUCGUGGAUAUUCGGUGCGAAGAAGUUCUGCGAUUGCAUCCACCAGAUGAUGGGCGUGCGGCUGAAUAAAUUCUGGUACGUUUGCUGGGUAGUCUUCGCGCCGGUCAUCAUGGCGUUUAUAUUCGUGUUUCAAUGUGUGCAAUACACGCCACUGAAAUACGGGAGUAAUUACGAGUACCCAGCAUGGGCAGAAGUGGUUGGGUUUUGCCUAAGUUUAUCAUCGAUGAUCUGGAUACCCGGCUACGCUCUCUAUUACGUUAUCGUCACUCCAGGAUCCAUUAAAGAGAACCUUGUGAAAGGUCUGCAGCCGAACAUAAAGUCGCAACCGAAGCUACCGAAAGGCGAGAAGUCCGCAGUGAUACCAAUGUCUGAAAGCAGUGCAGGAUUGAUCACUAAGAACAACAGUUUCCUGAGUCAAACAUGAUUGCCAUGAAUGGUCUCUCUACCUCCCAUCAUAGGUUGUAAUUAUAAUCGUAAGCUUAGCGUAUUAAACAGACUUAACAUAGGCGAAGUUGGACGCAGGCUCGCCUAACGUCAGAUAAGUUGACUUUCUCUGAUCAAGAAAGGAGGAAUUCUGUUAUUUUCCUGCCGUCACGAAAGUCCAUAACCACUUUCGCACAGCUUGGAGGUAGUGGGCUAAUCCAGGCAUGGCCAAGUGAUUCCUCCCUACUCCAAUAGCUCUCCCCACCUCGUGCAAUUGUCACAGUGACUCAGCACUGACACUACUUGACGCAUCCCCACCUAUUUUCGCGGUCCCAAAAGUAUAUGACCGUUUCACGCAGCUUAGAAGGUGGUGGGGUUGUAACAAACUCCCUCCACACGGUUCAGUAUACACGGCAGGGAUCUCGUAAUUUUUCGGUCGGCCGGAAAGUGGGGACGACGCGACU